AUGCAGCUAGUUGAUUGGCUGGACGACCUCUGCGUACGCUUCAUCAUCAACCUACCUCACGAAGAACUCGAGUCAGUAGAGCGGAUAUGUUUCCAAGUCGAAGAAGCACAAUGGUUCUACGAAGACUUCAUCCGCCCCCUCGACCCCUCCCUGCCAUCACUGAACCUCAAGAAGUUCUGCCUUUUGAUCUUCCAGCAUUGUCCUCUCCUGUCGGCGUUUUCAGAAGAUCACCAUACGGCCGCGUAUUCGGAGUUUCUGGCGUACAAAACACGCGUUCCAGUACGGGGCGCCAUAAUGUUGAACGAGGCUAUGGACCAAGUGGUUUUGGUCAAGGGCUGGAAGAAGGGCGCGCGAUGGAGCUUUCCUAGGGGCAAGAUCAAUAAAGGUGAAGACGACCUAGAUUGCGCGGUCCGUGAGGUAUACGAGGAGACUGGCCUCGAGUUAAAGGAAGCGGGACUCGUCAAGGAUGAGUCGGAGAUGAAGUACAUUGAGGUAUCGAUGAGGGAACAGCACAUGCGCUUGUACGUGUUCCGGGGAGUACCACUAGAUGCUCACUUCGAGCCGCGGACGAGGAAGGAGAUCAGUGCGAUCAAGUGGUACAAGCUCUCUGAGCUGCCGACACUAAAGAAGCAAAAGCAUACUCAGCACCAGGAUGGCACCGGCGAGGAUGCGUUGAAGGACAACAUGUUCUACAUGGUCGCUCCGUUCUUGGGCCCCUUGAAAAAUUGGAUCAAGCAGCAGAUCAAGCUUGACAGGGCAACGGCACGACAGGUACCCCGACCGGUGCCCAAAGUGCAUACGGAUAUCGAUGAAGUAGCCGCAGAUGAACAGACCCUUCAACCCGAUGAAGCAGAAGAGACAAUGGUAGAUGAAGACAUCGAGGAGCAGCAUUUUGAACAGCUACUGGCCAAUCUGCGCGGACCCCGGGCGGUUUCAGAGGCAACAGACUUCCCCGAAGUUGCGAUGUCACCACAGGGGACUCAUGACCCGGCUGUAGAACUAAAACGCCUGCUCAGCGUCGGAGGUUCUUCGCUUUCUCCCCCGGCCUCUGCGACUAUACACCAGCCACAAGCAGAUUCCAACUCGUUACUCUCAAUGCUUCAGGCUAGAUCGGCGCCUGGUGUAGGCACACGAUUCCCUCUAGAAAAUUCCGUCCCACCUAGGACGCCGCUCGACCAGAUGAGCGCCACGCCAACUGAACCGCGAAGCCCAACGCAUCAUCAUCAGCCUCAUCCGCCGGUGAUCUCCCAUUUUGCGCCCCCUCCUGCUUUCCCAAUACCCAGUACCGGUGAUUUUCAUGGUCAGCUACCAAAUCUGUUAGCACGCCCCCUGCCACCGGACGCAUAUGGCAACGGUCCAAAUGGUUACUAUGGCCCUUUUGCCCCAGGUUUUGGGCCAAGGUUUCCUCAUCCGCAGCGCAUGGCUAGGACAAUACCUCCAGUGCAUGGCCCAGGGAUUCCUUCUAGUAUUCCACAAGCGCCGCGACCAUACCACAGGACUGGCGACCCAGAGUUCGCUCAAGCUCCUACAUUCCCCGACACUCGUGGGCCGAUUAUACCUCCUGCAUCGCAACUGCCGCCACCCAAGCUCAACCCGCACACGAUGAGCCUGCUCAAUGCGUUCAAGAGUAACAACAAACCGCCAGCUACGAGUACAGUUAGCAAAUCGCCACCAAAGCCGUCUGCUGAGAUGUUGAACACGAUGCGUGUCAGACAGCAGGUGUACGCAAGGAGUCCACCGCCUAUGCAGCAUAUGACUGGAGCAACUUCUAUGUCUGCUCAAGGUUCACAAACUCUAGGACGCCUCUUGGAGAAGCAGGUCUCACCACCGGCGGCGCAGUCAAGUAGUGCGCACCAAAGCGCACUGCUUGAUCUAUUCCGCUCACCUCCCACCCCGACCGCGAAGCCCGUCCUGCAAGAGAAGACGGCUCCAAGCAUGCUCGGCUCCGAACCAGCCGAGCUCUCCGCUCUGCCGAGUCCUAAUGCUACCGUGCGUGGACGGAGGACGGGAUAUCCUGGAUUGUUUGCCGAAGCCGAUGAGGAGAUUCAACCACCGAUAAUUGCGUACCUCGAUGCUCAAAAGCCUAGAACUCCCUUACCAACGAAGACUUCCAAACUCACUUCCGCCACCGUGUCCGGUCCGCUUAACAAUCCGGAUUUUAAUACCGUCCGCGGACCGCCCAAAACCACCGGAUUGCGGAACGGCAACGCCACCGCAGUGUCGGAUGUGCGGCAAACUCAGUCGUCACCCACAGCCAGCCUGCCGCAGGUCUCCAUCCUGGCACGUCCAGGCGACGCGCCGAGACCCAGUUCAACUCGGAAUAACCCGCCGAUCCCGGCUGGGCGGGCAGAUUCGAAGGUUGUUGGGAGCCUAUCGAAGCCAUUCCAGCCUCAAAUAUUGCGCCGACCGGAUGUGCACAGCGGAAGAGCUCCGCUGAGCGGCAAAACUAUGGAGCAGCAGCAACAGUCCCCUGGCCCUGUUGACAAACACCUAGCUACUGCCUCGGGUGCGGAUACACUUCUGUCCCUCCUUACGACAACCCAACCUAAGCCCCCUAAAGAUCUACCGCCGCCACCCCUACCCCAGCUCCCUCCAUCAUUGGACCAAUCCUGGAUAGACAAAGAGCCCCGCCUCCCUCUCAUGCCCUCGCGCCGCGGCGUGACCAUCGAGCGCGAAGACUUAGCAGAAGCAAUGCAAGAGCGCUACGAACAUGAUCGUAAGAUGGAUGCCCAUCUCGCAUCGACUAGACAACAGAAGAACGCCCUCCUGUCCCUGUUUGCCGCUCCCAAGCCCGGAAAUGAAACGCCGCCACGCCAACAGCAUCCGCCGUCGCAGGUCGUGAGUCCCGUCAGCCCGCUGCCGGAAAACAAGGCUUCUGUGGAGAUGGGACGCAGCCGUAUUAGCAGCAUUGCGUCGUUGGGUGGCGAGAGUUCUGGGGCGCCUAAGGGUGUGAAGCGGGAUCUUGCGGCUGUUGAACCGAGUCUACGGACUAAGAGCCCUAUGAUGGAAGCUACGGCUCAGCCUACGAUUAGUGGAAGUAGGCGAGGCAGCGCUGCCCCAACGCCGGUUUCGCAUGCGGAUCGGAACUUCUUGCUUGGGUAUUUGGAGGGCGUUGCUAGGGGCGCUGGUGCGGGCGCUGGUGCGGGCGCGAAAAAGUAG